AUGAACAGGCACUACGCCUCCCCAAAAGGCACCUCGGCCUACCCUCGCGGGUCCAGCGCUUUUCUCAACGGCUUCCAACCCCGGUCUCAGCCAGCUCUCCGCCGACGCCGCCAGCUCUUCCAACGUCUUAUCCUCCUCGGUGGGGUAUCAUUACUGCUAGUGAUCUUCAUCUUCCCAUCAUGGCGCGCCGCAAUCCUUCCAGCUCUGUCCCUCGGUCUCUUUCACCCAGCCGCCGACCUACACCUCCAGACCGUCCGAUACUAUGAUCUUUCCGAAGUGCAAGGCACCGAGAGGGGCUGGGAGCGCGGCGAACGCGUCCUCAUGCUCACGCCUCUGCGCGAUGCUUCCUCCCACCUUCCCAUGUUCUUUUCGCACCUCCGCAACCUCACAUACCCACACAACCUGAUCGAUUUGGCGUUCUUGGUGUCAGAUUCGCGCGAUGAUACGCUUAACAUGCUCACAGAAAUGCUGCAGGAAUUGCAGAAUGAUUCCGAUCCCAAGAUGGCAUUUGGUGAGAUCUCGGUGAUCCAGAAGGAUUUCGGACAGAAGGUUCAACAGGAUGUGGAGAGUCGUCAUACCUUCCAAGCGCAAGCGAAUCGGCGAAAGUUGAUGGCCCAGGCUAGAAAUUGGCUACUGAGUGCUACACUGCGUCCCACACACAGCUGGGUCUAUUGGCGCGAUGCGGAUGUGGAGACUGCACCCUUUACGAUUCUUGAGGAUCUGAUGCGGCAUAAUAAGGACGUCAUAGUUCCAAAUGUGUGGCGUCCGCUUCCAGAUUGGCUCGGUGGAGAGCAACCGUACGACUUGAACUCAUGGCAAGAGUCGGAGACAGCAUUGGCGCUAGCAGAUACCUUGGAUGAAGAUGCUGUCAUCGUGGAAGGAUACGCAGAGUACGCAACAUGGCGACCCCAUCUUGCCUACCUACGCGACCCCUACGGCGAUCCUGAUAUGGAAAUGGAGCUUGACGGCAUCGGAGGUGUCAGUAUUUUGGCAAAGGCUAAGGUCUUCCGUUCCGGUGUUCAUUUCCCAGCCUUCAGCUUCGAGAAGCAUGCGGAAACAGAAGGUUUCGGCAAGAUGGCCAAACGUAUGAAGUAUUCGGUUAUCGGAUUACCCCACUAUGUCAUUUGGCACUUGUACGAGCCGAGCUUGGAUGACCUGCGCCAUAUGGAGGAAAUGAAACAAGAGCAAGAGGCUCUCGAGCGAGAAGAAAAAGAACGUCAACUCGCCGCGCAAAAAGAAGGGCAGAUGAAAUCCCAGAACGUUGCGGCUGCCAAGGGCUCCGAAGAGGGACCAGCUGCACAAGCCCUGAAAGAUGCCGGGAAGGGCUCAUCAAACAAAUAG